AGAUACUCAGCUCAAGUAAAGCAUUUCAAAGCAGUUUAUUAGGUGAUUUCUUUCCAUCCAUUUUGGUGAGGUAGAAAUAGAUGCCUAAUAGUGAUUUAAUAGAUCCCAAAUUGGCACCUAACACUACCUUUAUCCAACAAAAAUAAAAAAUAAAAAAAAAUAGAGACAUUAGAAGCAUUUCAGCAUUGUAUAUUUAUAUUUUGUGUCUUUAACUUAGUAAGCAUUGCUGUCUGUACUGUUCUUUGUUUGAAGUGCAUACUUAAUGAGUCCAUUUCAUUGUCUGUUGCUCCGAUUUGGUAGAAUUAGAGUAAACUCAUUUCAUCUUUGUCACAGUUUAGCCACUACUACUAAUAUUCUCGACAUCAAUGACAAGGUAAUAGCAACCCGAAUAUCAAACUGCAACAAUAUACAUCACCUCGACCAAAUUUACGCCCAGAUAAUCAGAAAUCACUUCCUGGAAUUGUACCCUGUGCAAUUUCACUGGAACAACAUUAUCAGAUCAUAUACUAGGCUUAACUCCCCAAACAAGGCUUUACAUGUGUACAUCACUAUGUCAAGAACUGGUGUUUGUCCAGAUACUUUUACACUACCUAUUGUUUUAAAGGCUAUUUGUCAGGUUUUGAAUUAUGUUAUGGCAAGGCAGUUACAUGGGGUUGCUAUAAAGAUUGGUUUGGAUACUAAUAUGUAUUGUGAGAGUGGUUUUAUUAGUCUGUAUUCGAAGGCUGGUGAUUUUGAGAAUGCACAUAAGGUGUUUGAAGAAAAUAGUGAAAGAAAGUUGGGUUCUUGGAAUGCUAUUAUAGCGGGGUUGGCGCAAGGUGGGCGUGCUAAAGAAGCGAUAGAAAUGUUCUUGGAGUUGAGAAAGAGUGGGUUACAACCAGAUGAUGUGACUAUGGUUAGUGUGACGUCGGCUUGUGGUAGUCUUGGAGACUUGGAUUUGGCUUCUCAAUUGCAUAAAUGCGUCUUUCAAGCGAAAGAAAUGGGAAAGUCUGAUCUUUUGAUGAUGAAUUCUCUUAUUGAUAUGUAUGGUAAAUGUGGGAAGAUGGAUCUUGCUUAUAGGGUGUUUUCGAGGAUGAAGGAAAGAAAUGUAUCGUCAUGGACUUCUAUGAUUGUUGGAUAUGCGAUGCAUGGGCAUGUUGGGGAUGCACUUGAAUGCUUCUGUUGCAUGAGAGAGGCAGGUGUUAGGCCUAACCAUGUGACAUUUGUUGGGGCGUUGAGCGCUUGUGUACAUGGUGGGAUGGUGCAAGAAGGAAAGUAUUAUUUCAACAUGAUGAAGAGCGAAUAUGGUAUUGCCCCCAUGUUGCAGCAUUACGGGUGCUUGGUGGAUUUGCUUGGCAGGGCUGGGUUGCUUGACGAGGCAAGGGGGACGAUUGAAGGGAUGUCAAUGAAAGCAAAUGUUGUGAUUUGGGGUUGCCUAAUGGGGGCUUGUGAGAAACAUGGGCAUGUGAAAAUGGGAGAAUGGGUGGCUAAGCACCUGCAACAGUUAGAACCGUGGAACGAUGGAGUGUAUGUGGUAUUGUCCAACAUUUAUGCCAGUAAUGGCAUGUGGGAAGAAGUAAGGAGGAUGAGAGAAAUUAUGAAGGAGAGAAAACUUGACAAGAUUCCUGCUUAUAGCUUGUCAACAAGUUCAGAUUGAGAGUUGAAGCUGGACCUGCCAAGGAUAAAAGGAUCAGAAACAUUGCUCUCUCUUAUAGGAGUGAGUGCACAUGGUGGUUGCCAUAUGUUGCAUCUCACACAAGUGGUUAUUAUCGGAGCAAAAUAUCACAUAUUUUAACUUACUCGUUGACCCUUAAUUUUGAUCCACUAUUAGGUAUAUGAUUUGAUUUCAAGUUUGGUUGAUGAUUACAUUUCCAUCCACUGCUACACUUGUGCAGAGCCUCACGCUGUCCGCCUUCAACGAAAAGCAUGUUUAUAAGCACUAUCAUUAGCAGUAAAGAGUAGUUGCUCCUACUUCAAGCAAAUAUCACCCCCUACAACCAUAAUUAUGACUUAAAAACCACCAAUUUAUUCUUCACAAAUAAGCCUUCCGCAAUCUGUGAAUUCUUGUUCUUCUUUUUUCUGAGGAAAAAAAAAAAAAAAAAUGCUACACAGAGCUAGCAGCAUCACCACUC